GCCGAAUUUUUUGGAUGGAAUGCAACUCGAUGGGAGAGGCCAGAUAGACUUGGAGCAACAAAAAAUCAGAGAUCAAAAAAAGCGAAAUAUAUGCAAGGAACGAGAUUGUGUCGAGAGAUUGUGUCAAAAUAUCUUGGACCGCCAUCUAAGAUACGUCAACCUGAUUUUCUCAAAACCCCGAAGCAUCCAAGUGGAUUACAUCUUGAUAUUUAUUAUCCACAAUAUAGUUUAGCAAUCGAAGUACAAGGAAAGCAACAUAAGCAUUACAUUGAACAUUUUCACCGAACUUUAGAAGGAUUCAAUAAUCUGCUAGCUCGGGAUCAACUUAAGAAAGAAUUAUGUGAAGAAAAUCAGAUUGUCCUAAG